AGAUUUGAUUUAAGAUGAAACUAUGAUUCAGAAGCGAUGAAUAAUUCCUCGCUACGAUGAAUAAGUUUGUUCUUGUUUUGUUUUGCUGUUUUAAGCUUAGCAAAUCAGGAGACUCUACGCGGCGGGUUGGAUCAAAUCAUGGCUCUACGCGGUGGAAUAGAUCAGAAUCUAGUGAUUCAGGCGAUUCUGAGCACUUCCAUGAUUUUAGCAAUUCUACGGAGCAUAAUGAGAACUUUUCCCAGUAUUUCCAUCCCACCAAUAUCACAGACUCUACGGAGUCAAUAUUUCCGGUAAAUUCCACGCAGUUGAAUCUUGUGAUAAACUCAUCUCUAGUGAACUGGAGAUGUCCCAAUAUCUCAAUACCAAUCAUUUUUAACCAGCUCUCCUCCUCCUCCCCCUCCUCCUACUCCUACUCCUCCUCCCCCUCCCUCUCAACCCCUCCCUUGUCUUGUCAGUGCGAAGUGUCCCGAACUCUGCGUUGUGAUGGAGUUGUAUCCGGGAACAAAAAACAGACCAAACAUAUUUUAUCCACUAUAAUCAACAGUAUUAGGAAUAAAGAAGAAAAUGAGUCGAUUACACUUCUAGAUCUUUCUAUACAGGGGGUUCAGUUCAUACCAGUCAAUAUAUUUCAGGAUCUUGAUAUCCGAGGUCUAGUUUUAUCCACAGGAAACCUUGUCAAUAUUAGUAGUAAAUCAUUUCAGGGGUUAGAGGAUUUCUUGGUAGCACUUGGUCUUCCAGGGAAUAAGCUAGAGAGUAUUCCUUUACAAGCAAUAUCCAUACUCAGAGGUUUGACUAGAUUAGAUUUAUCUGGGAAUAGUCUAGGAGGAGUGUAUAGUCUACCAGAUCUACCAGAUCUAGAAUAUCUAGAUAUAUCCAGAAACCGUAUAGAGGUUCUUGCUGCUGGUGUCUUUCAAACCCUUCCAAACCUUAAGCAUCUUAUUUUGUCAGAAAACAGACUUGAUUUGAAUAGUAUACGUGAGUACAACUUGAACCAUCUUUCAUACUUGACUACAUUAGAUCUUAGCUCAAACCUGCUCACUGGGCAUCUCAGAAGCCCUGUCUUUGAUCUUCUGCCCUCAAAUCUGAAGAUAUUGGAUAUAUCUUUCAAUAAUCUAACAGGACUGGAGUUAAAUACUUUUAAUAUUCUUGGAUCUUUGAACCAAUUAUUUCUUCAGGGAAAUUUACUGGAUGAGAUUGAAGACGAUUCUUUCUCUGGUUUAUCUCGCCUUCACAACCUAGAUCUUUCUCAUAAUAAUAUUCUUACUCUCAGUGAUAAAUCUUUCUCUGGACUAACGGAACUAGUUUUCCUUUCCCUUUCACAUAAUCAUUUACAGGUUGUAUUCUUUAUUUAAUUUCCUUUCCCUUUC